AAACUCACCUCGGUUAAUGACUAUGUGGGCUUCUCUAAACCAGAGACUUUUCAUUUUCCUCCUCGUGCUGCUACCAUUUAGCAGAAGAAGAAUGAGGAAGAGGGGACAGAAUUUGGGUUUUUGAAAUGGAUUUCAUGCGCUUUACCAAUACUCUGGAGACCUGGGUGAUUGAGAGCCCCCAGGAGAGAGUAGCUAUGGAGGGCCAGUGGGAAGGAGGUGAAUCUGGAGAUUCCCUCAUUCUUUCAGGGGCCACUUUCAUGUCUAAAUCUAACGUGGGGACACUGAUGCGGUCUGAUACAGAGGAUUCUGGGGUGGAGAUCUGUUCUGAGGCUUCUCUCCCCUCCUCUCCUCCCUCUGUGUCCACGAGUAAUACAGAUAUUGAUCCUACAGUCAGUGACGAAGAUGGAUUCCCCUCUACCUCUUAUCCAUGCUCUCCUGUCCUCUCUCUGCCAUCUUCCUGCUCCUCUUCCUCCCUGUCCCUCUGCCCCAAGGCUCAGCGGCACAGGGAGCUGGCUGCGGUCAUGCACCUAAAAUUGGAGCAGGCACUGAGGAGGGCAGACUCUGGAGACAGAGAUGCUGUGCCCCGACAGCGGUGUCACACAGCUUCACAACCAUCACCUCACACAGUGACCCAUAUACAGAGGGCAAGUCACAGGUCAGGGAGUGUUGGUCUGAGGAGGACAGUCAGCCAGUCAGUAGUGGAAGAACAGGCCUCAACGGCUCUGCUGCAGCACAGAGGAGGGCUCUGCCCACAUCACAAGACACUGCCUGCUCAGACAGACACAGAGAUCAGGGAGAAGGAUGUGUGUGAGGAGGAGUAUGAGGGGCUCACCCCUGGGCUGGGCUACCUGGAGCAGGUAUGCCGGAUGCUGGAGGAGAUCGCCAGGCUACAGCUACGUAACCAAGGGUUACAGGUGGAGAUGGAUGCUCUCCGGGAGCAGCAGGGGAGCCAGAAUUCAGAACGCAACCAGUGUGACUUCAAGGCUUCUGAGGAAGGUGGCCCCUCUGCCAAUGAAAGACUUGAAGUCAAAGAUUAUGAGGACUUACCCUGCCAAUCAUCUCAUAGCAAUAGUAAUGUGCAUCAGCAUUUUCGACAAAGGUCAACAUCGGACACAGUACUCAUGAUGGGACAUCUAAAGAAGGGGAAGGAAGUGUCUGGAAGGAGGUACCAGACUAUAGAGGAUCUGCUUGAGCAUCCCGAGGAUGAUGAAAAGCAUGAGAAAGAAGAAGCAGGAAAGAAAGAACAGGGAAGUAGGACAAAGACCUGGAAGCUGAAGAUUGGCUCUCUGAGGAGGGAGACCACAGAGAAAUCCAGCCAACAGAUGAACUCAUCCGUGAAGAAAGCUAGCAGGCGUUGGUUGGGACAGCUGUUCAGGAGCAGGAAAGCUGUGCCAGAAUGAGAAGAGCAGAAUGUUCAAACAUUACAGUCAUUGGUAACAUUCCUCCUCUAAGACUUGGAGAAUGAGGACACAUACUGUAGCACUUUUUACACAAAGCUGUGGAUGAAUAGGACUCAAAUCUAUUUAGUCAUCUCAUUAUAUGAAUAUUGACAUGUAUAUUUAUUGUCUAAUUCUUAGUAGUUAAAUAGGAAUUUUAAUGUGAUCUCAGUGAUCAUUGUCCCACAGUAUGUUUUAAAGAUACCAAACAGCAAAAUACAAAUCCUCGUUUAAUUAAGAAGAUACAUUUUAAAAAAGUUUUCUUCUCAAGGGUUUUUACAUGACAUCUGUUUAAGCAGUAAGGCCCGAGGGGGUGUGGUAUAUGGUCAAUAUACCAUGGCUAAGGGCUGUUCUUAUGUACGACGCUACAUUGAGUGCCUGGAUACAGGCCUUAGCCAUGGUAUAUUAGCCAUAUAUUACAAACCCCGAAGGUGCCUUAUUUAUAUUAUAAACUGGUUACCAAAGUAAUUAGAGCAGUAAAAAUAAAUGUUUUGUCAUACCCAUGGUAUACGGUCUGAUAUGCCACGGCUUUCAGCCAAUCAGCAUUCAGAGCUCGAACCACCCAGUUUAUAAUCUGAUUUAGCCACUCUCUCUUGUAUUCAGGAUCCUGAGUGUGCUCUAGAAAAUGUCUCCUCCAUAUUUUUUCACUCCAUAUACACACCCUUUUUGAACAAUUCAGAGGCAAAGAUAAAUAUAACCGUUGGUUUUCUUAUGAGCUAUCUGAGCUCAUUUAGAUGUUAAAUCAGACCUGGGCCAAAGCAAGGAAAACUGAAAGGUGGCAAUCUUUCAGACAACUGUCAAUUUGACAAUCUUUCGGACAACUGAGAAGCAGAUGUACUAUCUAGAUUAUGAAAGCUAUACUGAGCAAAAAUAUAAACGCAACAUGUAAAGUCUUGUUCCCAUUUUUCAUGAGCUGAAAUAAAAUACCUCCCAAAUCUUCCAUAGCACAAAAAGCGUAUUUCUCAAAAAUGUUGUAAAUGUUCAUUUCUCUACCAUAAGCCACCUCUAACUGUGUUUUAGAGAAUUUGGCAGUACAUCCAACUGUCCUCACAACCGCAGACCACGUGUAACCACGCCAGCCCAGGAUCUCCACAUCCGUCUUCUUCACCUGCAGUAUCGUUUGAGGGGGGGUGCUAAGGAGUAUUUCUGUCUGUAAUAAAGACCUUUUGUGGGGACCUGGCUUCCAAGUGGGUGGGCCUAUGCCCUCCUAGGCCCACCUAUGGCUGUGCCCCUGCCCAGUUGUGAAAUCCAUAGGUUCAGGUCUAUUGAAUUUAUUUCAAUUCCUUCUAUGAACUGUAACUCAGUAAAAUCUUCUGAAGCAUACAAAUUCAUCUUCUUCCCUGCCUAAUCAAGUCCUGUCUGACUCUGGCAUUAUAACUGAGAAGAAUGGGAUAAGUGAUGCUUUUAAUCAUCAUUUUAUCUCGGCAGGCUUUUUACUUGAGAGAAAUGGUGGUUUAAUUGACCCUGGUCAGUCAAUAGACUGCUCUUCACUCUGCCAGCCUCUCGCUGACUCGACAGUUAACCCGUCAACUUGUAGUGAAUCUUUGUUUUCAUUUAAACAAUUUACUACUUGUGAUGUGCUAGAUGCCUUGCUUAUGAUUGAUGUAAAUAAAAAAUACACUGUGA